CACCCGUGCCACCGUCGGGGAAACACGCUCACUCCGCUGCCCGCACCUCGGCCCACGCCUGAUCUUUCGGCUCUGUGGGGAAGCAUCACGUGAGAUCGUUCCCUUCUCUUCCGAAAAAACCAAGAAUCGUUAGUAAUAGGAAACUGGCUUCGGGGACUGGGCGUGGACUACGUAGACGUCAACGACCCCAAUAUCCCGAUACCGACGCGAGGUCAGAGCGUAAUACCCAAUGCCUAACCCUGUACCUACAAAAAAAGCCUGCGACCAGUGUCGACUUCGCAAAACUAAGUGUGAUCUUUCCCAACCCUGUUCAAGUUGUAGUGCAAGGAACUUUCAAUGUACUUAUGCUACCCCGCAUCGGAAGAGAGGCCCUGCCCGCAGGUCAGAGGCCCGGCACCAGCCAAGCAGUGUUGACAGCACCGUGAGAACACCAACUACAGCAACCCCCCCAGACUCGAGCAAUCACACCCAGCCUCCUGUCGACCUCGAAAUCCCCGACCAGCAGCCUUCAUGGGACUUGUUUGGCUCCCUGCCCGCCGCAGCAUGGAACUCCAGCGAGGCAGACUUUUUCAUGCCCCCAGUGCAAGCAUCAACGUCGUUGGAACGCCCGACCAGCGCUGCUCUAGGCGAUCCUCUGUUAAAUCUACUUCCCGAGCAACCGGAUCCGGCAGCUAGGUCAAUUGUGCACCCACAGCCACUACAAACCGUUGUGCAAGCCACUUUUUGGCCUCCGAAUGUGGACGAAGAACGCCUCAUACGAUGGAUAGACGUCUACUUUGACCGCCUAUUUCCGACGCUACCAAUCCUGAGGCGUGCGACAGUCUUCUCUCGAUUGCUUUCACAACAUCACCGGACAGUUCCACAUUUUGGGGCAAUGCUUUUAGCUCUGGGCUCCUUCUCUCUGAUCCAGCCUGUCCGCAUCAGAGAAUGGCCUUCGGCAUCGUCUCGCGAGGCCAUGAUUAACAUGAUGCUUUCCGAGUCAGUCAAGAUGCGUGCUUCUGUGGAUUUCGGCGAGACCCCAUCCUUCGACGCUCUCCUAACGAGUAUAUUUCUCUUCGCUUGCCUGUUUCAAAGGAAUCAGCACAACGCUGCUUGGCUGCGGUUGCGAGAAGCGGCUGAACUCGGCUGCCUAUUAGGACUUGACCGAAUUGAGAGCUAUAACGCGUGCAGGCCGGAAGACCGUCAACAACGACUCAGGAUUUAUUACUUACUAUCUGUUACUGAAAGAGCAUAUGCCUUGGAACGAAGACACCCCAUUACUUUUCUCGGUCAUCCUGGCGCGGAAACGCAAAUGCUGCUGCGAUCCGUCACGUCUGUCACCGCUGAUAACAACAUGGACAUCGUAAUAGACGACGAUGCCGAAUCGGCUGGAACCCUCGGCUUAGUCGAGCUCAUGACAUUGUUUGAUCCUAUUAACGAGGAUUUCCUACGGUGCUUCAACGGGCAAUGCGGACUUGGGCGGCAAGGCUGUCAGUAUUUCGACCAAAACACGGCUAUAAGCAUAUACCAGAGCAUCAACGACCAUCAACGCCAUAUGUCAUCGUACGAGGUGUCUACACCUGGUCAAGCCUCAGAUACAGCAGCAUCAUUGGAUUGGCGUGCAGAAAUAUCGCUGAAAGAGUCUCAAAAGGCGGAUCUCAAGGUCAACGAACUAUGGCUUAUGAACCGGCUGUGGUGUGUUUGUCUAUCGCAUAAAGUUUUGACGCUGCAGGCGGAGCAUCCUGCCCUUCGCAUUGACCAUAGCAUCUCCAUAUUUGAGGCGGCUCUUCGACUAUGUCAGACGCUUCCUCUCUCCUCGCUUGAAGUACACGGAGUUGGUCUAAUUGAAAAGUUAUACUGUAUUUGCGAGAGCGCAGUAGCAACCCGACGAUACGGCGAGCACCUGUGCUAUCUCUCUCCCAACCAUGAACAAAUCACGGAAUUAUUGCGAUCUCCCGUCUCCAGCGGCCUUCCUAUGACCACGGCUUGCCACUCAGCCUCAGAUCCAAUGUUGGCCUUGUUGAAAGGCUUCUUCGACUUUUUCAAGAAAAUCCGGGCAGGACAGCAUCCGGUUCUCGGCAAGUACGUAGCUUUGGUCGGGGAAGAGUUGAGCAUCGAAUCUUAAGAGCAACAUUUGGAUGUUCAAAAUCGAAUACAAUGGUGAAACCUAUGCGACACCAGAUUAGCCAUGACCUUUGCGAGUGUAUGAAUGACUUCGCAUGGAGCUAAAACCAUCUACCUCGUAUGGUCUCCUACCAUUUUGACAACUGGCAGUUGUAGCUCUGGAUGAUUCUAUGGCAGGAAUGAUGAAGGCGGACACGAGUUUAAGGUCUAGCCAGCAGUCGCAAAUCGGAGAAAUCUUGUCGGCGAAUCUCCACAACUAGUUACUCCGUCUGCUAAAGAGGCUUUGCUUAAUCAGCGCUUAGCGUUUGUUGAUUAACCAUUUCAAGCUAAUUGCCAGCCUUAUUCUCCGCCGUCUGCCAGCC